AUAAAUUAAAAACAAAAUAAAAUAACAUUGCUAGCCUAGCUCCGCGAAGUACACCCAUGUCCCCAUCCUCCAGUUAUGCGCACCGCGCAUGGCACAUAGACAACAAUCGCCAUUUCCAAACCUCAAGGUUUAACAUUUAUUUAUUGUAGUACUUCAAAAACAAUUGAGGUCGAGUUACUGCAGGGAGGUCGAGGAACCCAAUUGCAAGAACCACAGAAAUGGAAAAGGGGGCAGCUCAGAUAGCUAUAAUUGGAGCUGGGAUCUUCGUGAGGACUCAGUACAUUCCCCGACUCUCCGAGAUCUCUCAUCUCUUCAAUCUCAAAGCCAUUUGGAGCCGUUCUGAGGAAUCGGCGAGAGGUGCUGUUGAGAUAGCUCGCAAACAUUUUCCAGAAGUGGAAUGCAAGUGGGGUGACAAUGGUCUUGAUGAGAUCAUCCAUGAUCAUUCAAUAAUUGGGGUUGCGGUUGUUUUGGCUGGACAAACACAGGUUGAUUUUUCACUGAGGCUGCUCAAGGCAGGGAAGCAUGUCCUUCAAGACAUGCCACAUGUGCUGAUUCGCCGACUUGUGGGAUCUGAAGAGAAACCGGCAGCAGCUUCUAUAAGUGAGUUGGAAACUGCACUUUCAAGCUAUGAAUCUAUUUGUGCCAAUCUCCCUGGCCACCCAAUUUGGGCCGUGGCAGAAAACUAUCGAUUUGAACCUGCUUUUGCUGAGUGCAAGAAACUGAUGGCUGACAUUGGGGAUAUGAUGAGUGUCCAAGUUAUCAUUGAAGGAUCCAUGUCCAGUUCAAAUCCAUACUUCUCAAGCUCUUGGAGGCGUAACUUCACAGGGGGUUUCAUUCUGGAUAUGGGGGUUCAUUUCAUUGCAGGAUUGAGGAUGCUUGUAGGUUGUGAGAUAGUCUCAGUUUCGGCCAUGACUUCUCAUGUGGAUACAACCUUACCCCCACCAGAUAACAUAUCCUCUCUAUUUCAACUUGAGAAUGGAUGUUCUGGAGUUUUUGUGAUGGUUGUCUCCGCAAGAUUGCCCAAGAUAGUCUGGCGCAUUGUUGGCUUAAAGGGAACGCUGCAAAUUGAGCGUGGAAAUCUAGAUGGAAGACAUGGCUACCUGGUUUCAUUUUAUGGUUCUGAUGGGCAAAACAAAAGCUCCUUCUUUUCCUUCAGUGGAGUGACCGAUGAAUUAAAAGCUUUUAUACACGACAUAUCACAGGCCACAGUUAAGAACGGCAGUGCCUAUGAAGCUGAGCCCCGCCUGUCCUUUGUGGAAGGUGCCAGAGAUGUUGCUGUUCUAGAAGCGAUGCUUGAAUCUGGAGCCAGGCAAGGGGCACUAGUUCAGGUGAAGAAGUUUUAGCCUUCCGAUGGGAUAUCUUCUUCACCAACAUGAUCGUGAGGACUAGUUAUAUAUUUGAAUACUGAGAUUCUUUGUGUUUUCACACUUCCAAUAUAAACAAAUCAACUUAAAAUAAAAGAGUCUAUGAUAUCCAUGGGGUAGUAGUGUUGUUCAAGUAUUUAAGGGGCAAUUGGCUUCUCUGUAACUUUGAAUCAAAUCAAUAAAAACUGCUCAGAUAUUGAACUUUCGUGCUUA